GCUGGGGGUUGGUGAUAUACAGUAAUUCUGAAGUAGUAACGAAAAAGUAAUAGUAAGCACCAUAUCCCAUUCUCCGCAUUUUAAUGAUAGUUUAUUCCAGUUGAGUUUCCCUUUAAGGAUUCCCAUUAAAGGUGGUGAGAGUCAGUUACUGCCUGACACAGAAGGUGUGUGGCUGUGGGAGGUGGUUUUUUUCGAGGGGGGGUGAGAUGAAGUGUCACGGCUGUGGCUGCUGACUUCUGGCUUCUGCUGUUGGCUGUGAUUGGGCUUUUGCAUGACCCCAUGUUCUGUUCUCGCUACACAACUCUGUUAUAUUUGCCCGUCUGUUUCAUCUGUUCAUGCGUAUCACCAGGUCCUAGUGCAGUGCAGUCCUACUGCAGUGGAAGCCAACAAACACACUGUCUGCAUUGUCUGAACCUUUUUUGUCUGAAUCAGUUUGGGGGGAGCUAGGUGGCUAGAGGAGACCGUUAGUAAUUGCCAGCUGCUUUCCCAUUGCCGUGAUGUCACAUGCAACCAGAGAGGGAGCCCUGCAGUUUAAUCGCUAAUGUAGCCCUGCAGUUUAAUCGCUAAUGUAGUUAGCUUAACAAAGAUUUCACAGCAGAUUGACUAUAACUUAGCAAUUAGAAACAGCACAUUUAUUGAUGUAAACUUGUAUAAUAAUAAUAAUAGUACUUGUAUGUGUGGUUCUUUUUAACAGUAACUGUGAGGACAAUGAUGUGAGAUAUUGGCCGCCACACAGAUGGUAACACAUUUCCCAUCUGGCAUUUCUCAGUUAGGUGGUCUGAGAGUGUCGUAAUGGAUUCCUCCCAAAAAAAUCAGUUGGUUUCUGGGUGUCACUCUGCUUCUUUUUUGCUAUUGUAGGUCAGUUUUAGAAGGACAUGUCCAUAUUGCAGUCUUGAUUUUGUCCACACCCUCAUCACACCAUUGGCACCAGCCUGGUGUCCAGAUGGUAGUUUUUGGUUUUGUCAUGCCACAGAACCAUGGUAACUGCACUUAGCAACCAUGCUGCAUAAAGGCAAGACACAGAUGGAUCCGAAUCCAUAAUUUCACCUUAGUGAUUUAUGAAAAAUUAUGAUUUUUCAGUGCAUGAGAGGCUGUAGAAAGAUGCAAGUUAUGCCGCUGAAGGCAGGCUUCCUGUGGUGAUCUCUGGAGGAAAGUAGGCAGUAACAGUACCGUAGUUAGGCCUACUCUGCAGAUGAAGCAUGCUUCCAGAGUACGGCUCUUUGUUGUCCAUUUUGUGAGAAAGUCAUUGUCGGCAUUUUAAGUGAAUUCGGCCUGAGACAAAAGACCCCAUUGUCCACUGUUCUGAACAAGCGCUUAUUGAUCAAUGCAUUGUAUUGCCACUAGUGGGAAUGUUUUGACUAGAUGUCUGCCCUGCUGCACCAUGCUGAAUACUGUCGGGGCGGAGCGUGGGGUGGCAUUUCAGAAUCAAGGCUUUCCAGGAGCCCUUUCCCACAAUGCUUUGUGGUAAAGUGUUUUUCCAAGCUGUUUGCGGGAGCAUCUGUAUGAUCAGGGUGGUUGAGAUCAUGUUGGCAACGCCGUGAAUACGAAGGAUCACUGCAGUUGAAUUUGACCCUUUUCAGAUUUUAGACACUUUAAUGAGGCCAGAGGAAGAAAGCUCCAUUGUUUGCGGAUUUGCGCGGAAUGGAUUGCCAGUCGUUUUGGAGUGGCUUAUAGAAAGCAAAGUCAAAGGGCCUCAACUGGGCACAUGCCAAACAUUCCUUUCCCAAUCCUUUGAUAAGGUGGUUUGGAAAUGACAGGAAAGGGACUUUGAUUAACUGAGAUUAGCUUCCAGUGAUUUCCUGAAGGCCAAAUGCAAGACCUGCUGCUUCACAGUCUCGGUGGUUCAGGCCUCUACGCUAAAAAUGUUUUUUUGAGGAGCACAUGUGGUCCUAAGUUGGAAAAUUUAGGAACCCAUUAAUGCAUCCUAAAUAGUAGAUGUGCUAAAUAAUUUUAGUUAGCGCUCAUCAGCGUUCAGGAGUAAAUGCUCCUGAAAUGGGAGCACUACAGAGGCCUGUGGUUAUGAAGCUGCCUGUGUGUAAAUUAGACCUAUAAUCCUGCAAACUGGUGGGUUUCCCUGCCAGUCUGUCUUUGAACCGGACCAGCUGUUCAGUAAAUUGAGGUUCUUGUUUGGAUAAAUUGUUUUGGAUCUUGAUGCUUCUGAGUGUUGCACUCUCUCUACUGACUUAGCUGUGCUGUUUGUUCUUGUGAUUAAUUGGUCAACAGUUAAAGGGGAGCGAAAUGCAAUGUAUUUUUUAUUCAACAUUUUACUCAAGAGUAACAGCAAUAUGUAGCCUAGGCCUACACAAAAGUAUCCUUCCUGUCCGAACUCAGUACUUUGUAGGUGGACCUUUGGCAGUAAUUGCUACUCUUGAGUCUUCUUUAGAAUGUCUUGUGUGUCGAUGGAUAGAAGUUUUCAGGUCACACCACAGAUUUUCAUUGGAAUUUAAAUCUGGGCUUUGGCUGGGCCAUUCCUGAGUAAAGACUUUGUUUUUAAGCCAUUCAUGUGUACUUUUUGCUAUGCGCUUUGGGUUUUUGUUGUGUUGGGAUAUUAAUUUUCAUCUUAAACGCAGACUUCUUGCAACCCGAAAUACGUCCUUCUUAAGGAUUUGCCUGUGUUUGGUUCCAUCCUUCUUGCUCUUUAUACGAACAAGUGUCUCAGUCCCUCCUGCUGAAAAGCACCCCCAUAGCAUGAUGCUGCCUCCACUAUGAUUGAUGAUAAGAGUGCUGUUACCUGCGUGAUGGGCUGUGUUUGGUUUGCUUUCAGGCUAAUGAGUUCAACUUUUGUCUCAUCAAACUACCAAAUCUUCUGCCAGAAGGCCUGGUCUGUCACAUGGCUUCUGGCAAAUUGUUGGCCUUUCUCAGAAGUGGCUUUUAUGUAGCCACUCUCCCAUAGAGGUCAAAAUAUGUGACGUGCUGGAGAUAUUGUUGAUUUUUGGACAGUUUCUCCCAUUUCUGCCAAUGAGCUCUUCAACUCUGUGUUGUAGCUGGCCUCUUGGUCACUUCCCUGAUAAUUACCUUCUUGUCUGGGUGGUCAGAUUAGCAGGAAGGCUUAAUAUUGGUCAUGCCCGGGUUGUGCUGUGUUUUUUAAAAUUUGUAUUUUGUUACAGUGGACAGGAAGGGUCAAAGCUUUGCCAAUCUUUUAAUAAUACUCUCCACCUUUUGAGACUUUCGGAUGAAGUUGUUAAGAGGAAAAAGGUGGAGAGGGCAGCUCCUUGGUCUUCAUGACAACAUGACUGAUCUGCUCUGCUGUUUCAGUUGUGAGACCUCACAAAGUCAGCAGUAUUUAUUUAAUCACGAGACUGCAAUGCACCAUGUUAUGUCAGUGUGGAACAUUCCAGGCAACAUCCUCAGCGUAAGUCUUGCAGAGAUGUUGUAAUUUUUCCCGCAAUCGCGGUGCCCAGUAUUGCCUAAUUACUCAUCAAUCUUGCAGCCAGUCAUCCCCAUUUGUGCCACUACACCGCCUACACAAGGAUGCAAGCUUUUUGGGUAUCCCAGCUUAUUAACCAGACCUAGACAUGGACACUUGAUGGACAGACGGAAUGUCACACCCCAUUCAGCCUCUCUCUCAAAACAUACACAUCUUUUCCUGAGGUGCUUUUGUGAGGUCACUGUGAGUCUGUAAAUCUCUCCAUUUGAAAAUUGCUGGAUGAUGUAAAGGUAAAAGAGCUAGUUGAUUAGGUGCUACGGUAAUUAGAAUUUAUGAACAAAAUUCACGAAGUUACCUUUCAAAUUUAAUUAGCUAAAUGUCUUAACAUUGAGGAACAUUAUUUUGUUUCCUGAAGAUAACUAGCUAAGUCCUGCCAAAGUCAGUCUUGGUAGUUGCAUGGUUGGUAAUUAUAGUGGGCGGAGAAUGUUUUUAAUACAUUUUCAGAUGAGUUUGUUAAAAUAUUUUUCAAGGAAAAGAAAGGCUUUGUUGAACAGUGGCUUCAGAGUGCAAUUUUGCCAUUCAUUCAGAACAAGCAAAUUCAUUUGUUUUUAUAUGCUUUUUUGCUCUUCCUGAAAAUUGGCAUCCAAGUCAUCAGUGCAAUCCAGUGGACAGAGUUUUCUAAUUAAGCUGAUCUUUAGUUUCAUUGGUGUAAUAUAAUUGACACCCUUAUUUUGGGGUUUGAAAUCACAUUAGUUCUGUGUGGCUCUUGAGUUGAGCCAGUUGAUUCUGACGGUACAUUCACCCAGAUCCCCCCUCUCUCUAUUUCUCUCUUUUGUUAUUGUGAAACACUGCCGCAUUCCAUGCAUGGCUGCUUGGGCUACUCUGACUUUGUGCAUGGCUUCACUUUUUCUGCUCUACAGGGAAGGAAUUGGAUGGCAUGUGUUCAUUCCUGCUAAAUCGGGUGUGUUUGCUCAAGGUUACGAUCCUACUUCUGGCUCUGAGGAUGCUGAUGAUUUUUCUGAACUAAUCACCUCCUACCAAGUCUCAAUUUCAUUGAUCUUAAAAAGGCUCAAAGGCCAAAUAAAUUGGGUUAUAAUAGAAAGCUUUGCUGAUGUUUUUAAAUAAAACUUACUCUCUCAUAACUUACAAUAGUAAAAAUACUCACACUACUGUGUGGGGAGCCAGAAGUGUGGACCAUUGGCUUAUUGUAUGUGCGUUGGAGGGAGUGGGUGCACUGAUUGUUCUCCCUGCUCCUCCUCUAUUUCUUACCACCUGGAUUAAAUCAGAUGAGAGGAGGACAGGGCAGGGUCCCAGCACACCUUCUGAAGGUGCAUCCAUCUCCCUUCGCUCUUGUGCUCAGCCUGGCUCUUCUCCAGUAGAUCUGGGUAUCCUUGGUCCCUUAAAAGGUGGACUAAUCGAAGGUGGGGACUUGCAUCUCAAAGAUGAAAAUGAGGGGAAAGCGGAAAUCCAAAGUAUAAAUUCCAUCCUGAGGGACUCCUCUGUUACAUUGUUGAAUUUCUCCGGGGACACAUUGCCAUCCGCUCCCUUUAGCCAUGAUUCUGCCUUGAGAAAGAUCUCCCCAGAGACAGGAAACAUCAAAGGACUGGAGGGUCUAUCAGACAACCAGGGAUCCAUUGACACCCUAAGCAGUGAUGGGUUCCUUGUUUUUAAGGAGUGCCACUAUGGAAGCCCUCUCUCAGAUGCACACAACUCCUCCAGGAGCUUCCGUGAGUUUAGAUCCCCUGACCAGGACUCCCCUGAGUCUCCGUUUGAGGUUUUGGAAGAAUCGGCUCGAGGUAGAGGCCUUGUGAGUGAAAUUGUUGACAUCACUGACCAUUCACAGACUCAAAACCUGCGUCCAGCACCAGACUUGGGACGUGAUGUUCCCAAUGAUGUACUCAAGGGAGGAACAGGACCAAGUGUACCAGGUGCGCUUAUGGGCUGUUCAGGCAGACCAUCUGAAGUGACCGAUUGGAGCAAUGGACAAGCAAAGCCACCCACGGUAAAAAUCGGGUCUGAAUUUCUAACUUCUGCUUCCAAGGUGAAUAAGUUAGACCCCUCAGACUGUGGGGUACAGAAGGGCGCAUCUGGCUUACGGCCUUGGGAAUCUUCUGACCCACCUCUUCAUUUAGAACCCUCGUCUUUCAUCCCACCUCAUUCCUCUCAGGUGGAAGAUGAUCCCUGGAAGAGUGACCAGGAUGAAGCGGAGAUCUUGGACGUGGACAGCUCAGAGGAUUCGGACGACACUGUGAUCGAGGACACAUCUGACCGCCUGAACUUGUCAAAAAAUGUUGUUUGCUCCAUCUCCUCUCUGCAGCCGAAGGUAGAAGGUCCAACAGAGCCAGAUAUGCGACCAGUUUCAAUGGCUUUAAGUUGCAUCAAGGAGACAAAUGAGCACAACCUAAUUGAGGAAGAGGGUGAGUACGAGAUUGUGAAAGAACAUGUCAGAGAAGCUUCUUCAAGGCCUGAAGUGGUCCAGAUACCAGGAUGUGACAAAUCUGUGUCAGAUCUUGAACCCUCUGUGAGGUUCACCUCUGACUUUAGACAUCUCCAGCAGCAUUCUGAACCAUUGCAAGCUGACUCUGUGACCUCGCAUUGGCACCAACGCAGUAAAGGACAGAGUGAUACAGCAAAUUCAGAAAAGUCCAUUUAUAGUUCUGUAGCCGUGUCUUCAAAGGAGAUUCCAUUUGUUCCUUCAAAAGAGCUAGACCUUGACAUAUCCAGGAAACCAGAUGCUAACAUUGUUGGUUCUGAUUCAGUGAAUAAGCGUAGCAGCCACAACCCGCCAAACUACUCCUCACUGACAGAAGAAUGGAAACCUGAUGAGAUGCAUGAUCUUUCUAAGCCAAAAUGUGUUGAGCAGUUUUCUGAGGAUCUGUCUAAUAAGAGGCCUCCUACUCUCCAGGCUGGUCCACUUGCUGAAAAAAUGUCAAGUGUAACCAAAGCACAGCCAGCCAACACUGCAGAGAUCCAUGCUGCCCCUCCUGGUUUGGAUUGGUCUGCAAAUCCAAGGGAUGAAUAUACGCCUCAGGCUUUUCCCAAGCCAGCGAAACAUGGUUCUGAAAAGGCAGAGGACUCCCCGGAGACAGCGAGCGACCCUGAGAGCAUCGAGCUGGAGUGCUCGGUCUCAGCUGCCACCGAUAGCUUUGUGGGAUUCAUGAGGGAGUGCCUGAAUUCGCGCCAGCCCAAGGAGUCUGACGAACGCUACGGAUGCCACGCAGCCGAGCAAAAACCCCCCCAGUUGGCAGCCCCUUUCUCAGGGUCCCCCCCUGCCGUGCUGCUGAACCUGGAGCAGGAGCGCCUCACCAUCUGUGCGUUGAAGGAGCUGGGCAGCAGCCAGGAAGAAGCAGACGACCUGGUACGGACGGCAGCCCCCCAAACAGGCUCCGAGCCUCAAACUGGUCCCAUCGCUCCCUUUGCUCCUAAACCUCCCUCCCCUCCUCUUAACACCCCCCCAUCGGAGGCCCUGCCGGGCAGAGAUGUAGAAGGAGCGGAUGCUAAUGAGGCGGAGCUUGCAGCACGUUCAUUAGAACUCUUACUAACCCACCUUUCAGUGCGGGAGCUGCUGUACUGGCGGGAUCCGCGGAAGUCGGGCGUGGUGUUCGGCACGUCCCUGCUGGUGCUGCUGUCCCUGGCCACCUUCAGCGUGAUCAGCGUGGUGUCCUACCUGCUGCUGGCCCUGCUCUGCGUCACCAUCACCUUCAGAGUCUACAAGUCCGUCAUCCAGGCCGUGCAGAAGUCCAGCGAGGGACACCCCUUCAAGGCCCUGAUGGAGAAGGACAUCAACAUCCCACCCGAAACGUUCCGCAAGUACACUGAUAUGGGCCUGUCCCAUCUCAACCAGGCCCUCAAGCAGAUUAGGCGCCUGUUCCUGGUGGAGGACCUGGUGGAUUCUCUAAAGCUGGCCGUGGUCAUGUGGCUGUUGACCUAUGUGGGGGCCAUCUUCAACGGCAUCACUCUGCUGAUCCUGGCGGACAUUCUGCUCUUCAGCUCUCCACUGGUGUAUGAGAAAAACAAGACCCAGAUCGAUCACUACGUGGGCAUCGUGCGCACUCAGGUGGAAGCCACGCUCGCAAAGCUACAAGAGAAGCUUCCUGGAGCUGUGAAACGCAGCAAAGCUGAAUAAAGGACUCCUCAGUCCCCUACCCUCCCCCACCUCCCCCAAAAACCCCACCGGCACCCCCUUCCCCCAGGCCCACCGAACGUUCCCUAACUGGGCACCCCCCCCCCCCCCAGCACUUACCUCUGUACAUGUAAGCAGCUAUGAAGGAUCUGCUGCUGUUCAUUAAGCCGCGUACCUUACCAGCCGCUCACGCUAGCAAGAGCCAUCGAUGAACGGUAGCUGUAUGCAGGGAACACCAACGCACACACAAUCACAUAGUCACCUUAGCCAAGGGGGCACACCAACAUGCGCACACACCACAUAUCACUAGCCAAGGAGGCACACCAACAUGCCACACACACAUAGUCACCUUAGCCAAGGGGGCACACCAACAUGCGCACACACACAUAUUCACCUUAGCCAAGGGGGCACACUAACACACACAUGCACACACACAAUCACAUAGUCACCGUUAGCCAAGGGGGUACACUAACACACACACACACACGUAUUCACAGCGCGCCAAGGGGGUACACUAACACACACACACACACACACGUAUUCAGUGAGCCAAGGGGGGUACACUAACACACACACACACACGUAUUCACAGCGUGCCAAGGGGCUACACUAACACAGACACACACACACAUGUAUUCAGUGAGCCAAGGGGAUACACUAACACGUGCACACACACACACACACAUGUAUUUAGUGAGCCAGAGGGUACACUAACACAGACACACACACGCAUGUAUUCAGUGAGCCAGGGGGUACACUAACACACACACACAUGUAUUCAGUGAGCCAUGGGGUACACUAACACACACACACAUGUAUUCAAUGAGCCAAGGGGGUACACUAACACGUGCACACACACACGUGCACACACACACACGAAUGAGACUGAAUCUUAAGCCUCAUUGGUGUACUGGGUAUGGAAACCGCAGAGAAGGCUCUCUUGUUGCUCUCUCAAAAGCAAAUGUCUGUAGUCAUUGCUCAGAAAAAAAAUUUGGGGAGUGCGGGGGGUCACCUUAUAGCCCCAAAAAAAAAAAGCUAAUUUCCCUUGACUUCCCAAGGCAUAUGUUGAAAAAUUUCAUUUGCAAAUGUUUGUUGCUGGAACGCGGUACGAAGAACCAUAGUUCCUCUCCCUGAAGCACUUCCCUCUCCUUACUGACCCCUGGCUAGCUGCCGCGUACCUCGUCUCACCUGCUAGCCCAUAGGAACGCUGUUUAGAAAAGCUAAGCUAAUGUAGCAUUUAGCCAAACUGAGCCUGCAGUUAUGCUCUGGUCUAGUUUAGCCAGGCUUCACUGUUUUUGUCUGCUGUGUUCAUGUGUGAAGUGUUAAUAUGCACAGGAGUGCGUCACUGCUUUCCGCUGUAAAAACAGCACGCUGCGUUUCCCCUUCCCUUCCCUUUCCUUCCACAUGCUUGUUCUACUUGCACGUCAUCCACACGUAAAACCUUGAAUAUAUUUAUUAUAAUUAUUAUUAUUAUUAUUAUUGAGCUGUCUGCUAUGAUUCCCCUGUCCUCUCCAGUACUAUAAAUGGCUAGUUCUCCAGCAGUGCUCACACACAGACUGGGUAGGACUGGAUCAUUCCGCUUUUGUGACAGGAAACCACUGCUUUGCAUACCCUAGAUUACAUAUAGCCACGUGUUGUCUAACUGCUGACUUGAAUUGACCGUUCAAAAAGUUUGCUCUUAAUAUUGGGAACGCGACGAUCAGUGAGUCAGUGACAGUGUUUAGCAGCUCCUGGGUUAAUAAGAUUUGGGUCAGGCUGUGAUGUGUUCACGCAUCGGUACCAAAGGGGAAUGAAAUGUGCGGCUCGAUCGAACGGAGCUGCUUCGUUCUUGUUUGCCACCGACGCGAGAAUGCCUCGUCUGUUUCGAGCGUUUCGUAUCGACAGUGGGCAGUCUCCCAGCACUGUUCUCUCAUAUCCCUGCAUGAUGUGAACCCCAGAGAAGUUUUAAACGGGUCGGUGGAGUGCUCUUCCUCGUGACUCGUGGUACCCAUGGUAACGGCAUCCCCCCCAAUUACUUUGCGGCCCCUUCGCGUCCUGUUCCCUUGGGCCAGACCUCGCUCUACGCCUCAGAGGCAGUUGCGGUAUCCACACAGCGGCUGUAGGGGGCAGCAGCGAGAGACCACGGGAGAGAAGCCAGAAGGUCACGUUCUGUGUCCAGUGGGGGGAGUCGCCAUGAGUACUGACACCGCUAUCAUACCAACGGGCCAGGUUCUGAUCCAAACCCGCCUUAUUAAAUAUCCACAAGCAUAAACGGAUAGUGCGUGAAAUGUGUGUUAACUGCCCUCGAUUAAAGGCAUCUGUUAAGCCUUUAAAGAAUAGGUGUUUUUUUGUUUGUUUGUUAGUUAUUUAAAUGGCCGUAUUCCAGCUGUGCUGUUCAGAUACACACUGGAUGGUGUGUCUGAUCGCCCAGUAAAAUCGUCUUGGUACGCAAGUCUGUAACUGCUGUGUAUUUAUCCCUGCAACGUUGCCAGAACAUUCCGAGCACAAGUUCCGUAUGUAGGGGGUAAAGGGGUGCAAGCAUCUGCUCCUUACUGAGCAGGUUUAGGUCUCUCUUCCAUCCUCCUCAUUGUAUGAACGCACAAACACACACACACACACACACACACUAUACUCACACAUACACACACACACACAUAUACACACACGCACACACACUCACACAAACAUACUGUCUGUGUCUAUGUAUUCAAACAGACCUUAACAGAAACUCGCAUCUAUGAACUUUGGUUUCUGCUCCAGCCACCGGAAUAUUAGAUGUUUCUUGGAUGUCUUUGCGUUAGUGUUACAAAGGCAAAAAUGUCACCCUUUUUUAAAAGAAUUUAAAAACUAAUUUGUGCUCUACCCCAAUGUGAAGUUCAAUAAUUUGUUCAUCAUUUUUCUAAUGGGGUGGGGCUUAUUUUUGAUUGGAAGCAUUUGUCUAGCUGUUUUUUUUUUUCUUUCAAGGCAACUAGGUGUACUAAAAUAUGUGCCGUUUGUGGCGUCUUCAGUACAUGUUGGACAGAUUUGGAAUAAAGUUUUAGAAGAAGUGUGGUUCCUGUGCUGAUGUGAAAGUGAUAUUAAUAAAAAAGAAAUGAAAAGAA